GCCGGCCCGGCCACCCCAGCCCCGCCAGCCAGAAGCCCGGCCGCCGCCGCAGCGGCAGCCCCAGCCCCGAGGCGCAGGACCCCGGACAGCCCCGCCAGCCGCGCGCAGGACCCAGCGCCGGGUCACAGCUGUCAGAUGGGAGAGCCCCAGCAGACUGGAUAAAGCUGGCGUGGGCAUCAUGUCAUCAUGUGUCUCUAGCCAGCCCGCCCCCACCCCCUCAGAGAGGCCCGCACCUCAGGAUGAGAACCCCAAACCCUGUGAGGCCCUUCACGGGCUCUCAUCCCUGAGCCUCCACCUGAGCAGCAUGGAGUCCUUCAUCGUGGUGACUGAGUGUGAGCCCGGCUGUGCCAGCAGGGCCCAGGGCCAGGGCCAGCUGGAGGAGCAGAUGGAGCACAGUGGGGAGGACAAGGAGGUUCUCCAGGCACCUGCAGACCACGGGCCCCAGGGCCGGCCCCACCUUUCCAGCCGCAAGCUGUCUCUGCAAGAGCGGUCCCAGGCCACCCAGUCCCCUGGAGGGAGCGGGAGUGUUAACGGCCGCUUUAUCUACCCCUCUCUUCCUUACUCUCCUGUCAGCUCACCCCAGUCCUCUCCUCGGCUCCCCCGAAGGCCCACGGUGGAGUCUAGACACGUCUCUAUCACCGGAAUGCAGGACUGUGUACAGCUUAAUCAGUACACGCUGAAAGAUGAGAUUGGGAAGGGGUCCUAUGGAGUGGUCAAGCUGGCUUACAACGAAGACGACAAUACUUACUAUGCCAUGAAGGUGCUUUCCAAAAAGAAGCUGGUGCGGCAGGCGGGCUUCCCCCGCCGUCCACCACCCCGUGGCACCAAGCCCGCCUCGGAAGGCUGCAUUCAGCCCAAGGGCCCCAUUGAACAGGUCUACCAAGAGAUCGCUAUUCUCAAAAAGCUGGAUCAUCCCAAUGUGGUGAAGCUGGUAGAGGUCCUGGAUGACCCAAAUGAGGACCAUCUGUACAUGGUGUUUGAACUGGUCAAUCAGGGGCCUGUAAUGGAAGUACCAACAGUCAAGCCACUGACUGAGGACCAGGCCCGAUUCUACUUCCAAGAUCUGAUCAAAGGCAUCGAAUACUUGCACUACCAGAAGAUCAUCCACCGAGAUAUCAAACCUUCCAACCUCCUGGUAGGAGAAGAUGGACACAUCAAGAUCGCUGACUUUGGCGUGAGCAAUGAAUUCAAGGGCACCGAUGCCCUCCUCACCAACACUGUGGGCACACCUGCCUUCAUGGCCCCUGAAACGCUGUCUGAGACCCGGAAGAUCUUCUCUGGGAAGGCUCUGGACGUAUGGGCCAUGGGAGUGACCCUCUACUGCUUCGUCUUUGGCCAGUGCCCGUUUAUGGAUGAACGAAUCUUGUCCUUGCAUAGUAAGAUCAAAAGCCAGGCCCUGGAGUUCCCAGACCAGCCUGAUAUUGCUGACGAUCUGAAGGACCUGAUUGUGCGCAUGUUGGACAAGAAUCCCGAGUCCAGGAUCAUUGUCCCAGAAAUCAAGCUACACCCGUGGGUCACCAGGCACGGGGCGGAGCCGCUGCCAACAGAGGAUGAGAACUGCACCUUGGUGGAGGUGACGGAAGAGGAGGUGGAGAACUCCGUCAAACACAUCCCCAGCCUGGCGACCGUGAUCCUUGUGAAGACCAUGAUCCGUAAACGAUCUUUUGGGAACCCUUUCGAGGGUAGCCGGCGAGAAGAACGUUCCUUGUCUGCCCCUGGAAACUUGCUCACGAAGCAAGGCAGCGAAGACAGCCUCAGGUGCACCGACCUGCCGCAUGUCGGGGAGGAGGAGGUGGUCUGGUGAAAACGGCUGCCCUGGUGGAAGCGCGGGCCCCAGACCACCUGAUGGAUAACGGGCACCGGCCGCUGCCUCCGCCGGGAGAAGCCGCGAUGGACCCUGAGUAAAGUCAGCUGGGCAAGUCCACGGACCGGCCUGAUCACCUCUUCGGAGUCCGUGCCGCCAACACACACUGUCUCCAUAGCCGCAUGUCCUACCGAAACUGACCACUUGUGUAAAGCAUUGCCCGUCAUCUCUGGUUGUUUCUUUUCCGUUGUCGUUUAAAGGGGUGGGGGGCGGGGGGAGGCAUGGCAUCUACUCCGAGACCCGGACGUUGGCCUUCGGCGGGCAGGAGGGCCCAGAGAGAGGAGUUGCAGGCUCCCCAACCUGAAGCUGUAGGGGAGGGGCGUGGAUGAGACGACUCCUUCGGAGAAAAAGUUUUGAUGCCAAAUAUUUCAAGUCCUGUCAAAUGCGAUGCUUUCGCAAAGCUGGCGGAGGGAACACCAAAGGCGGAUGACCCCAGGGAUACCACCACCUGGGAAACCUUACCACUUCUCGUAAUUGACUCAUCUCCUCUCCCAAAGGGCGCCGGGCUUCGGGCAGAGUCUGAGUAGCCCAGAUGAGUCUCAUUCAUCCCAAGGACUUUUGUUUGCCUUCGCCUCCCUCCCUCACUGGUGAAGGAUAUUCCUUAUUUUUGGGGGGGAACCUCCCCCAAAACUUUUGGACAUAUGAAUACUUUAGUCAGGAAAAACAAAUUUCUGAAAGGGCUCCAAGUUCUGCGUGAGUGGCUUAGUGGGGGACGGGGGAGGGAGGGAGAGGGGGAGGGACAGCAGCAGGGCUGGGGGGCAUGGUCCCCCAGAGGUGGGGUGGGGGCUCAAUCUGUUGCUUUUAGUCAGCUUUCAAAGGGCAGCAGUGAGAGUGCAUUUCUGAGAUAGAUUACUGAGCUAGUGGGUUUAUUACUAUUAACUUUAAAAUUCAGGGUGAAAUCCAACACUUCCAUGUACAUUACAUGGCUUAAGAUUUUUAAUUAUUUGAAUAGUUAGAAUUUAGAGUUCAAAAAUUAUCUAGACAUCAGCUUAGUGGUUUUCAAAAAAGUGCUCUCUUUAGAGCUUCCCACGGGGGAUAGGGGCUUUUAGAACUGCUGGAACGGUGUCUCCCUCUCCAGCAUCUUCACUCCUACACCCGGGGGCUGCUUGUGUCUUGUUUGCACCUUCUAUACUAGCUGGCUAUAUAGCUGGUGAGAUACCACAGCUCAAUUCUGGGGUGGAGCUGUGUAGGAAGUUUCCUUUCAGCAGCCAUGCAAAUUGCAAACCCUGCUGUGAAACCUCCACAGGAAGCCACCAGGUCACUUGUGGCCUCCUCCUGGAGGAGAUUGUACCAUCUGGGAACAGUCCCCAGUGACAGGUGAGACAGGUCUCCACUGUCACGUUGAGAUGUUCUUCCUGGUGGCAGGAAAUCGGGCUAAUUCCCCUUUUCUCUUCUCACCAAGAGCAUGACUAUGCAUUCUUUUUUAGCUUGGAAUCUGCUUCCCGCCAGAGACACAGGUUGGUCCCAUCUGAAGCCCCAAUGGAAGGGGAAUUAGCAAGGUUCCACCUUUGUUUCUAGGCUUCAAAGCACACCUUUCUUAUACAUUUUAAGAGUUUGAUUGGAUGGAGUCGUUCAGGUCCCUGAGGCCACCUUCUUGAGGAUACUUUUCUCUCAAUAGCCACAGAGACAGGCUGGGCCUGGUGCCCUCCUCACCUCCUGGCCCUGCUUAUGGGGUUUGGGCUCCAUCCCUUUUAGGCAGACUUUCUGGAUGUCUGGAGACAAGGUCAGGAAUGCCAAGGGCUGAGUCAGACUGUUUGCCUUUCUGACAUCCAACCAUUAACUAUUUCCUGAUUGUCCUUGACCACAGAAUACUUCCUCCUCCAGCACAUUUUAAAAUUGAUGAUAAAUCCCUGCAUAGAUCUGAGAUCCACCCCCUGUUGUUGGUAAGUGGUUAGUUAGCUCAUGAGAAGCACCUUUGGAAAUAAUGACUGUUAACCUUAUUCUUAGUCCCAGGGUGUCUGAGAUGGCCGAGCAGUACAUAGACAUUGUAUUGAAUCUCCCUCGUGUUUACACCACUGCAUCAGGCAGUGCCAUGGCUUUACACAGUUUAAGGGGCCUGGGUCUCACUGCAGCUUCUGAUGUCUGUGCUGCGGGUCAGCUAACGAUCAGGGAUUUAGAGCUCAAAGGGACCUUAGAGGUCAUCCAGUCCAACUUCCUCCCUCUUAUUUUACAGAUAAAGAAACUGAGGCCAGAGGUCACACAGAUGGGUAAGUUGCCAAGGGCAGGAUUCAGACCCAGAGCCUGUAACUUCUGAUUCAUCACUCUAUCCAGGUCAACCCCACACCAGGGGGUUUUCAUGGACACCACAGGCAGGGGGCACUCAAGGGUUACAACCUUCCUUUGGCACAAACUCUUUGGAGUUCCAGUCCUUAAAAAAAAUUAAGCACAUUUAUUAAGGAAGAUGAAGUGACUACUAAUUACAUUGGGCUUUUAAAAAAAGUCCAAACAGCAAUUGAGUAAAUGCAAGUGUGGAAGAAAGGGACACCAGCCUUUUCUCCCCCUGCUUUGAAGGGGGACAGAGAAGAAGGGCCUAGGUUCACAUCCUGGUUUUGUCCUGUAUGGCCUGUUUAAUAACCUUGGGCCAUCACCUCUCUGGGCCUCAGUUCCCUCAUGUGUAAAACUCGGCGGGGGGGCUUUCCAGCUCCUAAGUCAGUGACCCCAGAGCCUGUUUUCAUCACUCUGCCAAUCUUCUGUCUCUGAGGUCAGAGUUUGGUGGAGGCAGCUUGUGUAUGUGUGAGUAGGGGAUGGAGGGUGGGAGGAGGAAGCCUCCAGGUUAGCAUCAGAGGCUAGAAGCUCUGGCCACCUCAUGCGCCUCUUUUCUCCCACUCUUCACUUCUCCUUCAAGCGGCACUGUGUGGGCCAUGCAGAUCCCCAAUAUUAGAAUACAAGGUGUGACUCUCCCCUCCCUAGGUUAGGAUUGCCCCUCUCUAUUUUUCGGCAGCUGUGAGCUUAGAGUUCUUCUAAAUGUUAGAGAGCUGUGAUCUUCACGGGUCUCCAGAAAUGCCAUGGAAAAGAAAGACACUGAUUCUGUCUUUGGUUCCAUCUUCUCUAUGGUUCACUGGAUUUGACAGGUUUCGAGAGAUUGCUGCUGCCUCUUUGAUUCUGUGGUUUAUUUAAUGCCCAAUGCUUGUGUUCAUCCCUAGUCCUUUUUACUAUGCAUUUUCCUUUUAUCAGGUGUACAAAGUUAAAUACUGUGUAUUUAUCACUUAAAUUACAUGAACUUAAGAGAAAAUGAAACUUUGGUGUUUUUCCACAGAUGUUGAAGCUUGUAAACUUGAAUAAACAGAUAGUGAAAUGGU